GGGCAGUCAGGAAUUGUAGAGAGCAAGAAGGAAAACAGGGGGAACAACAGGGAGAGAGAGAGGAAAUGAGUGAGAAAGAAGAGGUAGAUAGAGAGAAGCAGCUGGAACAGCAUAGUAUACGCUAGUUAACUGGACAGUGGACAGACCACACUGCACUAACCUCUAGCUCAUCUCCGUUCUGUUGUAAAGACUGGAUCUAUGAGACUGGACUGCUGUCUAGAACACCUGAGCAAAAGUCCAUUCAAUGUCUUGUGGAAGUGAAGGUGAAAAUGGUUCGGUGGUUCCACAGGGAUAUCUCUGGCUUGGAUGCUGAGUCUGUUUUGAAGAGCCGGGGCGUCCAUGGCAGCUUCCUGGCCCGACCCAGCAGGAAGAACCAGGGAGACUUCUCUCUCUCUGUCAGGGUGGGUGAGCUGGUGACCCACAUCCGUAUCCAAAACACAGGGGACUUCUACGACCUGUAUGGAGGGGAGAAGUUUGCCACGCUGUCCGAGCUGGUGGAGCACUACACUGCAGAGAACGGGAUCCUGCAGGACAAAGACGGCACUAUCAUCGAGCUUAAAUACCCCUUCAACUGCUCUGACCCCACCACCGAGAGAUGGUAUCACGGACACCUGUCAGGCCCCAACGCAGAGAAGUUGCUAUGGGAACGGGACGAGCCGGGUACCUUCCUGGUGCGGGAGUCUCUGUCCAAACCUGGAGACUUUGUUCUGUCUGUUCUGACUGAGGAGAAGAGCAAAUCAACCAGCGGAGGGAGGAGGGUCUCACACAUCAAGAUCAUGUGCCAGAAUGACCGGUACACGGUGGGAGGCACAGAGAUGUUUGACACCCUGGCUGACCUGAUGGAGCACUACAAACGCAAAGGCAUCGAGGAGAUGUCUGGAACCUGGGUGCACCUCAAACAGCCCUACUUCUCCACCAGAGUGAAUGCAGCAGACAUUGACAGCAGAGUGAGGCUGCUGGACCAGACGGCUGAGAGAGAGAACGAGGGAGACAAGAAGAGCAAAGCAGGAUUCUGGGAGGAGUUUGAUGCCCUUCAAAAGCAGGAGACAAAGGUGAAGAAGAGCAGAGAAGAAGGGAUGAGACCAGAAAACAAAAGCAAAAACCGAUAUAAGAACAUCCUUCCCUUUGAUGAGACCAGGGUCAUUCUGUCAUCUGGAGACCCCGAUAUCAUUGGCUCAGAUUACAUCAAUGGCAACUAUGUGACAAAUAAGCUGCAGGAGCCCGGUGACCAGAAGGUGUACAUCGCCUGUCAGGGCUGCCUUGCAACAACUGUCAACGAUUUCUGGCAGAUGGUGUGGCAGGAGAGGACAAGGGUCAUCGUCAUGACAACCAGGGAGGUCGAGAAGGGACGGAAUAAAUGCGUGCCAUACUGGCCAGAAAUGCAGGGCUCCAAAGAGGUGGGGCCGUAUGUGGUCACUUGUGUCUCUGAGAGAGAUGCCACUGACUACAAGAUCAGGGUUAUGGAGAUCUCCCCUCUGGAUCAGUCGGACUUGGUCCGCACUAUCUGGCACUACCAGUACCUGAGCUGGCCCGACCAUGGAGUUCCCGAGGAGCCAGGAGGGGUGCUCAGCUUCCUCACUCAGGUCAACUCAAAACAGGCCGAGUUCACCAACGCCGGGCCAAUGAUCAUCCACUGCAGUGCUGGAAUAGGCCGAACUGGCACCAUUGUGGUGAUCGACAUGAUCAUCGAGACCAUCGACACUAAAGGUCUGGACUGUGACAUAGACAUCCAGAAGAGCAUCCAGAUGGUGCGAGACCAGCGGUCAGGCAUGGUGCAGACUGAGGCCCAGUACAAGUUCAUCUACCUGGCCGUCUCUGAGUACAUAGAGGCAUCCAAGACCUACAACAAGGGAGCUGAGACAGAGUAUGGAAAUCUGCAGUUCAAACACCAGCCUGCCAGCCGCAAGGUCUCCAAGAACAAGGAACAGGAAUUGUAUGAAAACCUAGCCAAAGCAAAGAAAGAUGUGAAGAAGCAGAAGUCAGAGGAGAAGAAGAGUGGCUCCGUGAGAAAAAGAUAGAGGAUGAGAGAGCUGUGUCCUGAUGAUUUAAUAUUGAGUUUGAUAAUAACUUUUUAUUUUAAAAGAUUUAUCUUUGUGUUUUUUUAUAUCAAGUGAUAAAGUUGAUGUCUGUGAUAUAAUUAAGAUUAUAAAGCAAAGUACUGAUAGAUUUGGGCCCUGGGCUCAUGCACCAUGGAACCAUUCUGCACCCAUGCAAAUGGUAAUGGGUUUACAUUUUUGCUGACAAUAAAGGCUCAGAGUAAUAUG